AUGCCUGGAAAGAACCGUAUAUCCCAAAAAAUCAAGUAUCAUCCUUUCUUUGACUAUUCAAGUGAUGAGUUUUACGACAGUGAUUGCUAUGACAGUGAUGAUGAUUUCUUCUAUUGUUCUACUGCUGCUACCAACAAUGACAGUAAAGAAACCGGGAGUGACUCUAGUCUUUCACUAGAGAAGCUGAAGCUAGAGCCAAGAAAGAAGCUUCUUGUUCUUGGACUCAAUGGCCUUUUGGUUUACCGGGUUUAUCGAUUCAACAAGGCUAAAUUUCCAACUACUCGUAAUCCUAAUGGGAGAUAUGGAUAUCAACUAGUGUUUAGAAGACCUUUUGCUCGUGAGUUUUUAGAGUUCUGCCUUGAAAGAUUUGAAGUUGCAAUUUGGUCUUGUGCGGAAGAACGAGGAAAAGUUAAGGGUGUAUUGCAAUGUGCAAUUGGAAUUUGCAAUAGGCCGAAACUGUCUGUUGUGUUUGACAUAUAUGAUUGCACUGAAUCAGGUCUCAUGUCCCUGGAAGACAAAAAGAAGCCUCUUGUUUUCAAACGGCUUGAGAAAAUGUGGAACUGUUUUUGUGGAAAAUAUUCUGCAUCUGAUACACUGUUGAUUGAUGAUCAACCUUACCAGGCCCUACUCAAUCCUCCUCACACAUCGAUUUUCAUGGAAUCGUACAACCCUGAUAAUGCAAGUGACAAUGCACUAGAUCCGAAGGGAGAGCUGGGAGUGUACUUGGAUGGCAUUGCAUCUGCAGAUAAUGUUCAGAUUUAUGUGAAGGAGAACCCAUUUGGAUUGCCUGCAAUGUCAAAUGACCAUCCUGAUUGGAACUUUUACUCUGAUGUUCUCCGUGGACUUGAGGGAAAAGAAUGA